UAGCCAGGUUCCUCUUUUUUACUCUUUCUCUUGUAGAAACCAGAGCGUGACGAGUGGGGGAGUGGGCUGGAGGCCAUGCAGUGUGCCCUGCAGCUGGAGAAGAAGGUCAACCAGGCUCUGCUUGACCUGCACAAGCUGGCUACUCAGUAUGCAGACCCUCAUCUGUGUGACUUCUUGGAGAGGCACUAUCUGAACGAACAGGUGGAGCACAUGAAGAAGCUGGGCGACUACAUCACCAAUCUCACCCAAAUGGAUGCAUCUACCAACAAGAUGGCAGAGUACCUGUUUGACAAGCACACCCUGGAGGGCAAGAGCUAAACAGAGUCCCAAGAAUGAGAGUAGUGUCAGUCUCUGGCAUACAGGCUUCUUCUCAGUUUACUCACCGAGCUUAAUCUUAUCUUAUCUGCCUAACUUAUUCUCAUAUGCUCUGGAGCUUUAAAUGUCAUAUGAAAGAAUAGAUGUUUACAGCUGUCCUAAUUCCCUCUAAGGCUCUAGUGUGACUGUUUCUGAUCUGUCGGUGUGAAUAAACAUUUGACUUGUCUGCAUCUC